CAAGAAUUGAGCCCUAGGGCUGCACCCUAACAUGGCAACUGAAGCUCCCGACCCCCGAACUUUCAAAAGCUGGGAAGACGCUUUUCAGCACCCAAUUCCCGUCGUCCGAAAGCUAGAGAACCGACUCCGCUCCAAUGCAGGUGAGAACCGCGAGAAGCUUCGCUCUUUGGUGGGUGCAAGCUACCGUAGCCUCCUCGACACGGCCGAAACCAUAAUUGACAUGGAGCUGAGGAUGGGGCAAGUGGAAACUAAGUUGGCAAGAGUAGGACAGAAUUGCAAUUCUCGGGUUGUCGAUCGAAUCUCGAGAAACGCGGCCAAGUUUAAUGGUCAAAUCCGGAAUCGUGAUAGCGAACGAUACACGUUUGCUUCUCAGCUGUCGGUCCUUCACAACUGCCCAGUUGUCAUGAGUCGGCUGAUGAGAGGAGACGCCUCAUAUUUGCUCAUUGCCAAGAUCCUGGUCAUAUCUCGCCUCUUACAUAAGGCUCUCUCUUACUCCGAAACCGACUUUCCAUUCCUAAACCAGAUCCGAGACCGCCUGAGUGCUUUGCGGCGGAAGCUUUUACUUCGAAUAGACAAACAUCUUGCAAGCACAAUGUCGGAUACGGUGGUCUUGGUAGACACCCUGUGCGCCUAUUCCCUCGCCACCAGCUCCACCCCAACCGACGUAUUGAGACAUUUCCAUGGGGUUAGAUUGGAAGGAGUCGUCAAGUCGCUUCAGAGCAACGCAGAUCUCGCCAAAAACGGGAUCAGGGCCCUCAAGCUUUGUUUACAGACAUGUCAAGACACGUUCUCUAUAUUUCCGCGACGAUUGGCGGAAUCGUUGGCCAAGCUCAAAGUCCAGCCGUUAGCGCAAGACCCAGAAGUCAGAGCGCUACACGAACUGAAUAUUGACGUACAUGACCGGUGGAUAGGAGAGGAGGCGCGCAAUUAUACGCCGUGGCCUCGUCACGAUGAACUUCAGCGGUCCGAGGUAGAAAAGUUGCUUAGUCAAUGGUCCAGGCAAGCAAUAUCUGCUUUCCUGAAAGGCACCAAAGCAGCACUAUCUCAAACGAAGGACCUAAGAGAGGUUGCUUCUCUAAGACAAGAAUUAAUUGAGACAUGGAUUCUUUCGGGCUCCAGGAUGCCAGGGCUAGAGCCCGCAGUUGUGCUCGAUGACUUACGAGACGCGAUGAACGAACAAUUAAGGACCAUUGUCCGCUCUCGCGCACAGGCUCUCCAAACCGUGGUUUUCGAACUCACAUCGAUGCUACGCGCAUGGUCAGGAGCAGAAGAUAAACGAAACACAUCUCUCUGGGCCAUCCCAUCCGCUCCGAUAGACUUGAGCGAUGGGGCACAAUCGUUCAAGUUGGCCGUUCUCGAUACGCACCAGAGACAUGAUGAAGCAGUGAUACGCGUGGUAGCAACUUACGAUAACUGGGUUAAAUCUGUCCUCGAGGUAAAGGCAAUAGUGAAGAGCAUGAGAGAGACCCGAUGGGACGACACAUUUGCCGAUGAUGUGAAUGAUUUGGAUGACGAUUUCGGCCUCGAUUCGAAGCAAAGCUUUCUCAGUGACGACGACCCUCGUUUAUUAGAAGAAGUUACGCAAGUGGCGUUGGCUGAUUCCCUAGCGAGUCUUCGGGAGAGCUUCAUACAAAUUAUAUUGCAGCUGACAUCGUCUGCGGAGACCUCUCCCUUACCCCAACAUAUAUUUCUUCUCCGCGUCAUUCGAGAAAUCGCAGGCCGCAUUCCACGCUUAAGGCUCCAUGACAGAUCAGCAUCGCUUUCAUCGCCAUUCACUGCUGAGCUGCUCAAACCAUUGCAUGCUUCCCUUGCCAAAAAAACUACAGUGCCUGCAUUGGCCGCCUACAACAAUGUGCUCACUGCCGGUAGAAAAUAUCGGUCGAAGAGUCAUAUUUUGUGGGAAGGAAAUCCCCCGCUACCCGCACAGCCAUCUCCCAGCGCGUUUAGAUUUCUUCAAGAACUAGUGAAGAGCAUGGGAGCAUGCGGUCCCGAUUUGUGGGCGCCAGAUAGCGUUCAUGUUCUGAAGGCCAUGGCGCUUGAUGAGGUAUCGAAAACCUGGAAGGAGACACUCAAUGUAAUCAACACAGAGGAGCAUCUUACUGCAAGUUCACAUAGCCCUGUAGAUGAACCAGAGCCACAAGGAGCAGAAAAAAGCAAUGCCUCAGACCUGUUGCCAGUAGACAAGGAGCUUAAGAGCGAGCGGCUAAAACAAUUGCUUUUGGACAUGUUAUAUAUUUAUCGCUACUUGGGUUCUCUGGACGAGUGGAAGCCAUUUGAAGAGCUUGUGAGAGCUGUGGAAGAGGCAUCUGGUGUGGAUGAAGGCAUGAUGUCUAGGAUGAGAAAGAACGCUUCGGAUUACGGGCGGAAGACAUACUUGUUGUUUGCGUUGCUCUCUUAGCAUGGCAUAUCGUGGGUUUGUCAUGAACAAUGGAGAAGACAAUAAGAUCACUACGGGGUUCUUGUGCGUGUUACUAUUACCAUCACAUCAGCUCAAGUCAUGGGUCUCGAAAAGAAGAGAAUCGCCAACGUUCCAUAUACCAUCAUCUCAGGACUCCCUGCCGACUAUGUACCUAUCGUACGUUGCCACUACGAUUCAGCCCUGUUGUUAAGUAUGGAGC